GGAGAUAAAGCUGACCCUUACACAGCACUUCCACUUGAAGCCACUACAAAAUGGCAAAGCGAAUUGAGGGGAUUAAGUUCAGAUUAUCGAGCGCGACGCGAAGACAGUUUAGCAGUUUUACUCUCUUUAGGUCGGAGUUGUUCAUGCUAAACUCGGGUUUCUUUGUGUAAACCUAUUUGAAUGUAGUCUGGAGCAGAGCGCUGUAGUUCAGUUCAGGUUACUAGAAGUAGAGCUGGUUGUUUAUCUGAGAGAAGUCCGCGGCUGUGUGUGAGCAGGAAAACGAGAUGAAUGUGCUUUUCUGGAACCAUCUGCAGGCUGGCAGCUCAGAGGUGGACUGGUGUGAAGGGAAUUAUCUCAUCUAUCCAGAAAUAGCGGAGUUUUAUAACACGAUAAGCAAUGUUUUGUUUUUCGUCCUGCCUCCCAUCCUGAUGUGUCUUUUCCGUCAGUAUGCCACACAUUUCAACAGUGGCAUAUAUCUGAUAUGGACUCUGCUUGUGGUGGUCGGGAUUGGAUCCACUUAUUUCCACGCAACCCUAAGUUUCCUGGGACAAAUGCUGGAUGAAUUAGCAAUACUGUGGGUGCUUAUGUGUGCCAUUGGCAUGUGGUUUCCCAAGAGAUACCUACCCAAGAUGUUUCAACGCAACAGGUUCAGGUUUAAAAUGGUAGUAGGCAUCCUGUCAGGAAUCACUACCUGUCUUGCCUUUAUCAAGCCGGCCAUUAACUCAAUUACAUUAAUGGCCCUGGGAAUCCCAUGUACAGCUCUUCUCAUCACAGAGCUUAAGAGGUGUGAGAACCUGCGGGUGUUUAAGCUUGGACUCCUUUCUGGUCUGUGGUGGACGCUAGCACUCAUGUGCUGGAUCAGUGAUAGAAUCUUUUGUGAGAUGUGGUCAUCUGUCAACUUUCCUUAUCUACAUUGUGCCUGGCACAUUCUGAUCUGCCUGGCCUCCUACCUUGGCUGUGUGUGCUUUGCUUACUUCGAUGCAGCCACCGAGGCUCCAGAGCAGGGGCCAGUGAUUAAAUUCUGGCCUAGUGAGAAGUGGGCCUUCAUCGGAGUACCAUACGUCACCCUGCUCUGUGUGCACCGCAAACCCUCCAUCAAGACACUGGCUUCUCACCCCCACCAGCCGUGAGCUUUGAUGGUGUGUGGUUCUGUUGACCAUCUGAAACCUUUGCUUUGACUCCAGAGGGGCAGGAGAAGUAAAGUGGAUUGUAGGGAUUGCUGUUGUUAAAGAAAGACUCCCAUAACGCAGCACUCUCUGCUGAUGCCUCUGAAUCUUGUUCGUCAUCUGACCAGUCAGAAUCCUCCUCCCCGUUCCAUCCUGUUUCCCAAUCGUCCUCUUGCUGAAGCUGUUCCUUCAUGCCAUCAUCAUUCUUGUUACUACCAUUAUCACUUUCAUCCUGCUCUUCAUCUGAUUCCCAUUCAAGCCAGUCUAAAAGCAUGACUUCUCUAUCCAUUUCUGACUGGUCAGGUUUAAACACAUCAGUAGUGCUCAUUGUGACCUUUUCCGGACAGUUAUUGACACCGGUUUCUGUCAUUUCGCUGUUUUGAGUCUCUAGUCCAGGCCUCUCCUGGGCCUUCAUAGCUAUUUUCUUUGACUUGCCCAUCAUGAGCAUUGUUUCUUCAGCACACAAGAAAAAAAUCAUAUUGAGCAACUCUGCAACACUCACACAGCGAUGGAUAACUUUUCUCAGGGCUUCGUAUAGACAAAAACUGACUGUCAGUAACAUGGGAUGGAUGGACAUUGCCCUGUACAGGUUGACGGAACAGCUUUCACUUCUUCUUGGCAUGUUGGAUGACAACUCGGGCUUUUUUACAGAUGGAAAGUACAAAGCUGCCUGUGGUAACCACCAGUUAUCCAGCGGAUGAUGACGGUCAGAGGUAAAUGGUGCCAUAGUAGGGACUUUCACUCUCUAACAAAAACAAAAGUGAAAUUAGAUUCAGUAAACAAUGCUGCAUUUUCAGUAAUAUAAUUCUACGUGAUGUUUAAUCUGUUGAUGUCGUUUAAUUAAACAGGGCACAGUCCAAACAUACA